AUGAGAAUAACAAUAUCUCGAUUUUCUAUUAGUAUCCAAUAUAUAAAAAGUAUUUUUUAAAAGCUAGGAAUUCAUGAAUUGAUUUUAGAUAUAAUGGCUAUGAUGAUGAUGCUGGCGGUGAUGAAUGUGAUGCCUUUAAAAAGAAAAAGAAAAAAGAAGAAAAUAAAUAAAAAUAAAAAUUAUUAAAAUAAAGAAAAAGAAAAUAAUGAAAUAUUAAAAUUCAGAAAAAAUGAACAAAUUAUUAAAACAAAUAAAUAAUUAAUAAAAUUACAAAUAAUUAAAUAAAUAAAUAAAUAAAAUAUAAAAAAUAAAUCCAAAUAAAAAUAAAAACAAAAAAUUAUUAAAAUACAAAAAAUUAAUUAAUACAAGAUAUUAUUUCAUUUUUUUAUUUUUUUGGCAAAUAUUUUUUUUUUAGCAAUUUAUUUCAAUAUUUUUUAAAAAUUUUAGUCAAUACAUAAAAUAAUUCAUAUAUUUUUUUCUUUUUGGAGUAAAAAAAUAAAAUUUAUAAGUAGCCUUUCAUUUCUAUAUUGA